CAGCUGGAAGACCUGAAAAAUGAGAUUGAGAAGAGGCAGAAAAACACCAUCAAACUCUCGGAGGCGGAAACGAAAGCACAGGGAGAGAAGAGUCAGCAUUCGGAUGUGAAAAGCCCCAUCACCAGGUGUGGAAAAGUGACCUUCCAGCUGCCAACAGGAGCUUCUCCAGGGCCAGAAGAGAGAGUCUGCCAUUUCUCAUGGAGGAACGGCAUGAAGGAAACCUUGAAGAAGCUUCAAGCCAUCAUCACCCUGGACCCCGACACCGCUCACCCCGACCUCAUCCUCUCCGAAGACCUAAAGAGUGUGAAACGUGGGGAAGGACAACGAGACCUUCCUGAUAACCCUGAAAGAUUUGCCUACUGGCCUUUUGUUUUGGGCCAGCAAAGCUUCUCCGCUGGCCGCCAUUGCUGGGAGGUAGAAGUGGGGGAUGAAGGGGACUGGGCCAUCGGUGUGGCCAGAGAAUCCAUCCCUCGAAAGGGUCAACUCAACCUCUGUCCCAAAGGGGGGAUUUGGGGGGUGGAGAAAUGGGGUGGACAGGUCCGGGCUCUCACUACCCACAAGGUGACCUUGUUAGCUUUGCGUUGGGUGCCCAGGAGGGUCAGCAUCCAUUUGGACUACAUUGGAGGGACGGUGGCGUUUUUUGAUGCCGAUGAAGGGGGGCUCAUCUUUGUUUUCUCCCAUGUGUCCUUUGGUGGGGAGAGGGUCCGUCCUUGGCUGUGGGUGGUGGGGGUCAGGUCCAAGCUGAGGCUGUGUCCUUAAGACACUGAUAAGGGUCACCCCACAUCCUACAGCCUCAGAAGGCAGCCACCUCCCCAUCCAUUCCAUAGGGAAAAGAUGAAUUGAGGGCUUGGGUUUUUAUGUGCCCUUCAUCCCCAUUGAUCUAUUGACACGGAAUCAUAUUGAUACAAUAUUGACUGAGGUGAUAUUGUUAAGAAGUACCGAGCAAGAGAAAAACAGGGCAAAAAAAAAGGGGGGGGAAAGUGUUGCGUUGGGUGACUAGAAUGUAGAAAAUGGUGGUCAGAAGGGAAAAUUCCACCCAAAAUUGGGGCAGAAAGGCAAAUUUCCCCAGGGUUUGCUUGAUCAGGUACAGUUGUCCCCAUCUGAGAUGGUCACCUUCAAACCAAGCAGUCCACUCUUCUUAUAGGGUUGUUAUUUGAAACCUCAGAGUGUACAAUAAUUAGUAAUAAAACACUUAAUUGUC